AUGGCUAUCGAUGCAAACCAGAUCGUUUCUGUCGUGGAAAUCGUGGUCUAUGUCCCUGCCCUUCUCCUAUCGUUGAUUGUUUGCAAUCGACAUGGCUUCAGUCGCAGUUCCGGGUGGUAUUAUACAUUUACUCUAAGUCUCAUUCGCAUAAUCGGCGACGUGCUGCUGCUGCUGACAUACUCGAAUACCUCGACUGGUCUCUUAAUCGCUGCUGUUAUCUUUGAUCAUAUUGGCCUGACUCCGCUGUUGCUUGCUACGUUGGGGAUGUUGUCACGCUUAGUCGACUUGAUCAACUCCAGCACAACCACAUCCAUAACAAUCAAAUACUUCCGCCUCGUCCAACUGGCCGUUGUCGUAGGCGCAGUUCUCGGCAUCGUUGGCGCAGAACAAGCUAGUUCUUCAUCCUCGCCCUCAGCCAUGACCUACAUCGCGGUACUAUGCUACGUAGCCGCCUACGCCGUGAUUGUGCUUGUAUUCUGCCUUGCUCUCCCUUUUACGCGAGAACACAUUCGUGACGCCGAACGAGCGCUCGCGCCUGCAAUCGGACUUGCGCUGCCGUUGGUUCUGGUAAGGCUUGCGUAUCAGGUACUUGUGGUCUUUGUGCAUCGCGGAGCAUUCAGCCGUCUUGGCCAGGGCUCGGUUGGGGUUCAUGUUGCGAUGGCUGUGGUGGAGGAGUUUGUCGUUGUGGCGAUUUAUCUAUUCUUGGGCUUCAGGUUGGAUAGACUUAAUGUGGAUGAGCAAGGUCCCAUUCUUUCUCGGACAUGGAAGGAUAGAGGAUCAAGAGGGGAGCGUCGUAGUAGAAGCAGGAAGAGGGGAAGGAGUGGGAGGGGAGUUGCUGAUGAGAGGAGAGACUAUUGGGGGGAAGAGGAUGGGAGGAAUUACCGGGAGAUGCAUCUCCAGUCUGUUGGCAUAGAGCAACGGCAAGCCUACAAUUGA